AUGGUGCAGAGGGAUCCAGGCGCCAAGGCGCUCGUGUUCAGCCAGUUCACGUCCAUGCUCGACCUCAUUGCAUACCGCCUGCACCAGGGAGUAGUAGUGCCCUCCUCUGUUUUCCUGCGUUUCCUGUCUUUCAUUCCCCAUUCAUCUUCUCACUGCCUUCUUUCUCUCCCUUUUUCUGCUCCUCGCCUUCCCCCCGUCGCCCCUGACCUCCUCCUUUGCUUCAUGCAGGUGGGAGUGCGGUGUGUGAAGCUGGAUGGCAGCAUGACAAUGGACGCUCGGAAUCGCAUCAUUUCCACCUUCACUCGCGAUGCUGACUGCCGGGUGUUCCUCAUGAGUCUUAAGGCGGGAGGAGUGGCUCUCAACCUCACCGUUGCUUCCCACGUCUUUCUGAUGGACCCUUGGUGGAACCCUGCUGUGGAGCAGCAAGCGCAGGACAGAAUUCACAGGCUCGGGCAGUUCAAGCCUGUCAGGGUGACGCGGUUUGUGAUAGCAGGCACAAUAGAGGAGCGCAUUAUAAAGCUGCAAGAGAAGAAGCAACUGGUGUUUGAUGGCACGGUGGGAGGAUCAUCAGAGGCGUUGGGCCGGCUGACAGAGGACGACCUGCGCUUCCUCUUCACCAACUGA